UCAAAAUCCACCAUCUUCCGAUCCAUUUGCCGAAAAUGUAUAGCAUUUGCUGUUUCAUAACAAGGGUAGUUGUGCAAUUUCGUGAUUAAAUUCGAAAGUAAAAAGCUCAGAAUGAAUAAAAUAAACCUACCAGCAACAACCGACUGCAUUGAAACUGUCAGCAAACACAAACAAUGACAUGAAAUUUGAACAUGGUAUGGUUAUAACAACAAAGAAAACUAUAACAAAAGAGUUCCCUUCACUUCCCUUUUUGCUGCAGUUAGUAUUGGCAAGAUGAUUCAGCCAUGGCCAUGCCGAUCUCUUCUCUUGUCGCUGUUCUUUUUCUCCUCUGUUCUAUCCCUUUCUUCUGUCAAGCAAUACCCAUCACAGAACUCUGCAAUUUCUACUGAAACGCUCUCUUCCAUUCAAAAUCUUGCGACGCCAGUGCCUCCACCGCCACCACCACCACUUCCUCCAUCGCCAUCGAAUCGAAAAUUUGUGAUAGCUGUAGUUGCCACAGCUACAAUCACUCUUAUCAUUGCAGCUAUCAUAUUCUUUUUCUGCUGUAAGUACUGUAGAUGCCAGCAGAAAAAUAAAAUUGACACAAGAUUCCAACGAGAUGACAUUGUGACUUCUGAAGACUUCAGAGAAUUUGGUAAAAAAGUGAAGGGAUUGGUUGUUGAUGAAAAUGGAAGAGAGGUUGUUUAUGUCAAAGAUGCAGGACACAGAAAACUUAAAUCUAAGUUCUCAAAGAUUUUGUUCAAUCCUAGCUAUGAAGAAGAAGAAGAAGAAGAAAUGAGGGGAGAUGCGACAGUAAAGAGAACAAGAAAAUAUAAGCCUCCAGAAGUGAAAGAUAGUCAUGGGAAGGACGAGAUAGAAUCAGUUCCACCAAAGCCACCAUCUCCGGCAAUAGUUCCUUCUAUUAUAAGUUCAGCACUACCAUCACCACUAGCAGCAGUACUGCCGCCGCCGCCGCCGCCGCCACCCCCACCUCCUCCUCUUCCACAACCCCCACCCCCACCCCCACCUCCUCCUCUACUACCACCACCAAUAAAGAAACAUUCAAUACCACCACCUCCCCCACCUAGGGUUGUUGGUUUGGUUUCAUCACUGAGACCGCCACCGGCACCAAGAGGGACUCUAAACAACAAAAAUGCAGCACAGGCUUCCACAAAAGGAUGCUCAAAAGCGACUAGCACUGACCAAAUGAAGCUAAAGCCAUUACACUGGGAUAAAGUUGUAGCUAAUGCUGAUCAUUCAAUGGUUUGGAAUGAGAUCAUCGAUGGCUCUCUCAGAUUUGAUGAUGAGCAAAUAGAAACUCUUUUUGGAUACACAACUUCCAACCGCCAAACCCCUAGAGAAAAUGAGGUCUCAUCGAAGAUAAGCAGUUCAAGCCCUGCCCCCACAGCUCAAAUUUUCAUCCUUGAGCCCCGGAAGUCCCAGAACAAGGCAAUUGUACUCAAAUCAUUAGCAAUUUCUCGCAAAGAAAUCCUAGAUGCGCUUCUGGAGGGCCAUGGUCUUACCACUGAUAUCCUUGAAAAGCUUGCCAGAAUUGCUCCAACCCACGAAGAAGAACUCAAAAUCCUCCAGUUCAGAGGCAACCCGACUAAACUUGCAGAUGCUGAAUCAUUCCUUUACUAUAUCCUGGAAGCUGUCCCCUCAGCAUUCCUCAGGAUCAACUCAAUGCUAUUCAGGUCAAAUUAUGAUGCAGAGAUUCUUCAUCUCAAGGAAUCCUUACAAACGCUUGAAUUGGGAUGCAAGGCCCUUCGAACUCGAGGCCUCUUCUUAAAACUUCUUGAAGCCAUUCUCAAGGCUGGCAAUAGGAUGAAUGCUGGGACAGCCAGAGGGAAUGCUCAAGGUUUCAACCUUACUGCUCUUAGAAAGCUGUCUGAUAUUAAAAGCACCGAUGGGAAGACUACUUUGCUUCAUUUUGUGGUGGAACAAGUAGUUCGAUCAGAAGGUAAACGACAAGUGCUCAAUCGAAACAGAAGCGAUUUAGACACAGAUACCAGGGCGGCAGCAGCAGAAAGAGAGAAAGAGUGUGUGCUGCUAGGAUUACAAGCAAUGGAGGAGCUGAGAAUUGAAUUCUCCAAUGUAAAGAAAGCUGCCACCAUAGAAUAUAAUAGUUUUAUCAACACAUGUUCCUCUCUUACAUCUCGUGUCACAGAAAUUAGGCUGCUGAUUACACGCUGCAGCAAUGGUGAGGAUGGUGGUUUUGUGAAAGAAAUGAAAGGAUUUUUAGAGGAUUGCGAAGAGGAGCUUCAGGUGGUGACAGAGGAACAAACAAGAAUUUUGGAGCUUGUGAAGAGAACAACAGAGUACUACCAAGCAGGAGAUUCCAAGCACGACAGAAUAGACCUUCAACUAUUUGUCAUAGUGAAAGAUUUUCUUGACAUGGUUGAUCAAGUCUGUGUGGACAUUUCUCAAAAGACACAGAAGAAGAAUUUGGCAGCAAAUUCUGGUUCAGCAUCACCACCACUACUACCAGUGAGGACUCCUCUGAAAUUCCCAGACUUCCGUUUGCAUUUAAUAUCAGAUUCAUCAAGGUCUCCAUCUUCUAGUGAAUCAGAUGAUGAUUUCUGAAGACAAAGGGAUAAGGCUGUCUGGAAAUUUGAAUUAGCAUAGAAAAUAAAUUGCUGGUUUUGACUUCAUGGAAAUGGAAAUAUAGAAGUUAUGAUCUUAGUAGCUCAAAGACAAGAUGUAGUAAGCUGUUCUUAAUUCAAUAAAGAAUUCUAUAUAAAUAU